UCAAAUGUACAAGUGAGAGUCUGUUGCAUUGGCAGGAAUAUCACAUUAAUCCAACAAAGAUGACAAGAAAUCCUAAAUUUAACCAACUAAAAUUAACAAACACAAAAAAGGAUUUAAGUGCGAAAUAUGAUGCUCUUUUCAUAUUUUUGCCACUUCUUAAGCACACCAACCCUUCAAAAGUACCUAAAAGUAGGCGUUUUCAUCAAAAGCCAAUAGAAACACGGUGCGCCUGUCGCGUUGAGGAAGCGCCGGCGGCCGCCGCGCAUGAGCAAAUCAAACGCACACUUGACCUGCCUCUGUGGCCGCUGCUAGGCACGCGCCCACUUGUUUUAAAAAGCUAUUAAACAAAGUUAAAGUUAAAUUUACUCAUCAAGUUAAGUACUUGUAAUUUACCCUCCCUUAUUUCCACCUUUCCCCCUCACUCAUUAGUGAAGCUAGCAUGUCAAAGAUCCUGCUCGCGUGCGGCGUUGUUAAAUCUGUCAGAGCUGGAUGCGUGGCGGGCAGAAACGUGGGCUGGCCCCGGCUUCAAACUACCAAACGCUUCAGCUUGAAGGCUCAAACUGCCCGCCUGGUGCUGGAGGAUGGCACCUCCAUGAAAGGGUUUUCCUUUGGGCACACAGCCUCUGCAGCUGGUGAACUGGUCUUCAAUACCGGCUUGGUCGGAUACCCCGAGGCUCUGACUGACCCCAGCUACAGGGGUCAGAUCCUGACACUGACGUACCCAAUUGUUGGGAACUACGGUGUACCUAACACAGAGGAGCUGGACGAGCUGGGCCUCAGAAAACACGUGGAGUCCGAACGGAUUCAGGUGUCUGGUCUUCUGGUUCAAGACUACAGCCAUGAGUACAGCCACUGGAACUCUGUCAAGUCUUUGGGCCAAUGGCUGCAGGAAGAGAAGGUUCCUGCUCUGUUCGGGAUAGACACCAGAAUGUUGACCAAGAUCAUCAGAGACAAGGGUACAGUUUUGGGAAAGAUUGAAUUUGAAGGCCAGCCUGUUGACAUAUCUGACCCGAACCAGAAAAACCUGGUAGAAGAGGUUUCAACCAAGGAAACAAGAGUUUUCGGUAAAGGGAACCCAGUUAAAGUGGUGGCUGUUGACUGUGGUAUUAAGCACAACAUAAUUAGACUACUAGUUAAGAGAGGUGCAGAGGUCCACCUGGUGCCAUGGGACCAGGAUUUGUUGAGUUUACAAUACGACGGCCUCUUCAUAUCAAACGGACCCGGAGAUCCAUCUCUUGCAAAGACACUCAUCAGCAAUAUUCGAAAGGUGCUGGAGAGCGAGCGUCCAGAACCAGUGUUUGGUAUCUGUAUGGGUAAUCAGAUUACUGCUUUGGCUGCAGGAGCAAAGUCUUAUAAACUACCUAUGGGGAACAGAGGCCAGAACCAGCCAGUGCUGAACGUGAUGACAGGCCAGGCCUUCAUUACAGCACAGAACCAUGGUUACGGCAUAGAUAGCAAGUCGCUGCCUCCAGGCUGGAGUCCGCUGUUCAUCAACGCUAAUGAUGGCACAAAUGAGGGCAUCAUGCACAACAGCAAGCCGGUUUUCACGGCCCAGUUCCAUCCGGAGGCUAAGGGUGGUCCCACCGACACAGAGUUUCUUUUUGAUGCCUUCAUAUCCCUGAUUAAGAAAGGAAAAGAUGCCAACAUAGUGUCAGUCAUGCCCAAAAAACCUUGCCUUCCUCCCAGAGCUAAGGUGUCAAAAGUGCUGGUCUUGGGGUCUGGAGGUCUGUCCAUUGGUCAGGCGGGAGAGUUUGAUUACUCUGGAUCUCAGGCCAUCAAGGCUAUGAAGGAAGAAAAUCUGAAGACGGUGCUCAUGAAUCCAAACAUCGCCUCUGUUCAGACAAACGAAGUUGGCUCCAAACAGGCAGACUCCGUCUACUUUCUGCCCGUCACACCUGAGUUUGUAACUGAAGUCAUCAAAGCUGAGCGUCCGGAUGGGAUUCUUCUCUCAAUGGGUGGACAGACUGCCCUCAACUGUGGAGUUGAACUAUUCCAGCGUGGGAUUUUAGAGAAGUUUGAAGUGAAAGUUCUUGGAACACCAGUGGAGUCCAUAAUGGCCACAGAGGACAGACAGCUGUUUGCUGAUAAACUGAUGGAGAUCAAUGAGAAGAUUGCACCCAGUAUUGCUGUGGAAUCUGUUUCUGAUGCUCUAAAGGCAGCGGAACAGAUUGGUUACCCAGUGAUGUUACGAUCCGCUUAUGCUUUAGGAGGAUUGGGUUCUGGUCUGUGUGCUAACAAAGAGAAGCUGGAGGAAACCGCCCACAAGGCUCUCGCCAUGAGCAGUCAAAUCUUGGUGGAGAGGUCCUUACUGGGCUGGAAGGAGGUAGAAUAUGAAGUGGUGAGGGAUGUGGCGGAUAACUGUGUUACUGUCUGCAACAUGGAAAACUUUGAUCCACUGGGAAUUCACACAGGUGACUCCAUAGUUGUGGCACCUAGUCAGACACUUUCCAACGAGGAAUACCACAUGCUUCGCGAGACCGCUAUCAAGGUGGUCCGCCACCUGGGAAUUGUGGGUGAAUGCAACAUUCAGUACGCACUUCAUCCUUCAUCUCUUGAGUACUGCAUCAUUGAGGUUAACGCCCGGCUCUCCAGAAGCUCAGCUCUGGCAUCCAAGGCAACUGGGUAUCCUCUGGCCUUUGUGGCAGCUAAGUUGGCUCUUGGAAUCCCUCUUCCUGAAAUCCGGAACGCUGUGUCUGAGAAAACCACCGCCUGCUUUGAGCCGAGCUUAGACUACAUCGUCACUAAAAUUCCUCGUUGGGACCUGGACCGCUUUCAGGGCAUGUCCCGUGAAAUCGGCAGCGCUAUGAAGAGUGUUGGAGAGGUAAUGGCAGUGGGUCGAACUUUUGAGGAGAGUGUUCAGAAGGCCUUGAGGAUGUGUCAUCCAUCUGUGGACGGCUUUGUUCCCCAGCUGCCACUCAAGAAGGCCUGGGCUGACACCCACGACCUGCAACAGGAGCUGGCUGUGCCCUCCAGCACUCGCAUUUUCUCCCUGGCUAAAGCCCUCCAUCAAGGUAUGAGUGUUGGUGAGAUCCAUCGACUGACAGCCAUAGACAAGUGGUUCCUCCAUAAACUCCAAAGGAUAACACACCUGGAACAACACCUUCAAACUUACAAAAGUGGCACAGUACCCAGAGAGCUGCUGCUGAAGGUCAAGCAGGAUGGCUUCUCAGAUAAGCAGAUUGGUCAGAUUCUAGAUGGUAAUGAGAGAGGAGCCAGAGACCUAAGGCUCUCCUAUGGUAUCAGACCUUGGGUCAAACAGAUUGACACUUUGGCAGCAGAGUAUCCAGCAAUGACCAACUACCUGUAUUGCACAUAUCAUGGUCAAGAGCAUGAUGUAGACUUUCAAGACAAGGGGAUUAUGGUUCUUGGCUGUGGACCUUACCACAUUGGCAGCAGUGUUGAGUUUGACUGGUGUGCUGUAUCCGCUAUCAGAGCCUUGAGGCAAAUGGGCAAGAAGACAGUGGUGGUCAAUCACAAUCCGGAGACGGUCAGCACUGACUUUGAUGAGUGUGACCGGCUGUACUUUGAAGAGUUAACCCUGGAGCGCAUCCUUGAUAUCACUCAGCAGGAGGAUUGCUCAGGUAGCAUCGUGUCAGUGGGAGGUCAGAUUCCCAACAACUUGGCCAUCCCGCUGCACAUGAAUGGGGUACAAAUUCUUGGGACAAGCCCUUUGCAGAUUGACCGGGCUGAAGAACGCUCUGUCUUUUCAAGCAUCCUCGAUGACCUGGAAGUGUCCCAGGCCCCAUGGAGGGCACUGAGUUCCCUGGAGGAUGCCUUUGCCUUUGCCAACCAGGUGGGUUAUCCCUGUCUUCUGCGGCCCUCGUAUGUUCUCAGUGGCUCUGCCAUGAAUGUUGCGUAUGGGGAAGAGGAGAUGAAACGCUUCUUAGAAGAGGCUACUCAGGUGUCCCAGGAACAUCCAGUGGUCAUCACAAAGUUUGUGGGUGGAGCCAGGGAGGUGGAAGUAGAUGCUGUGGCUAAGGAUGGCAAGGUUCUUGUCCAUGCCAUAACAGAACAUGUGGAAGAUGCUGGGGUGCAUUCAGGGGACGCCACCUUAAUGCUCCCAACACAAACCAUUAGCCAGGGAGCUUUAGAAAAGGUGAAAAUUGCCACUCGAAAGAUUGCACGGGCGUUUGAAAUUUCCGGGCCUUUCAACACUCAAUUCCUGGUUAAAGGCAAUGAUGUUAUGGUGAUAGAGUGUAAUCUGCGAGCAUCACGUUCCUUUCCGUUUGUAUCAAAAACAAUCGGUGUGGACUUCAUCAGCGUAGCAACCAAAGUGAUGGUUGGAGAGCCUUUGGAUGAAGCCGCUCUACCGUCACUGGACAAACCAUUCAUUCCUGUAGACUAUGUAGGAAUCAAGGCUCCAAUGUUCUCCUGGCCCAGGCUGAGGGACGCAGACCCUGUGCUUCGAUGUGAAAUGGCUUCCACUGGAGAAGUAGCAUGUUUUGGACCAAACAUUUAUUCAGCCUUCCUGAAGGCUAUGCUCUCCACAGGCUUUAAACUGCCACAGAAAGGCAUCCUUAUUGGAAUUCAGCAAUCUUUCAGACCCAACUUCCUUGCUACAGCACACUGUAUGCCACUGAAGCUACGUCUGCCUGGUUGUGUGCCAAUGAUGUACCUGCCAUUCCAGUCGCCUGGCCCUCAGAAAAAGGAGUUACUGCCCUCCCCAAUAUUAAAGGACUGAUCAAUGAGGGUCAAAUCGAUCUUGUGGUCAACUUGCCCAAUAACAACACCCGACACCUGAAAGACAACUUCGUCAUCCGCAGAAUGGCCGUCGAUCAUGGAGUUCCCCUCAUCACCAAUUACCAGGUGGUUAAGCUGUUUGCAGAAGCCAUCCGUUAUGCAGGAGAGCUUGACACCACCAGCCUCUUUCACUACCGGCAGAAAGAACCAAGAGGUGCCACUCAGCAAGGGUAGGAGCAUGGCUACCCACGUAAUCCAGCCCUUUGAUUCCUGCUGUAAGAAAUACGUCUUUUAAAGUUUGCCCAACAAGUUGCAAAUGCUCAGAAACAACAUAGUCCUUAAAACUACAUAGUCUUUUUUCUAAUAAUGUGGGUUUCAUGUGUUGCUCUUCCUCUCCAACAUCUGCAAAAAAAA